GAUCCAUCCACUUCUCAACAUGUAAACGCUAGGAUCACUCUCGACUUUCGAGAUCUCAGCAAAGAAGGUCAUCUUUUAACUUUAUCAGUCCUUCCGCAUGUCCUCUAUGAACUAUUACAACGCAAACCACAGCUAGCAGAUGCUCUUGAAAGUUUCUCUGGUGGAUUGAAACGAUGGGCAGAACCUAUAGAACAAGAAACUUUUCGCACAUACCUUGCAUGUGUUUUUGUUGUAGCUGGAUGUGAGGAGAAUCCACUGAGCGAACUGAGCAAACUUGUACAAAUUCAACAUACACAACAGAUGAGUGAACCCGCACUUGUUCAGUCAGCGCCUGGCAUUGGUUUUCGCGGCGCGCUUAUGUGGGCGUGGUUUUCACUUGCGACCGCCGAAACGAAAGAUCAUUGGGUGGUAGUUAGCCUCAGUAAACCUCUACCACUCCAUGCUUUUGUGUUUCGCCAAUUUCAUCAUUCAACAGCUGACUCAAAGGUACUAACACCGUCCCAUUGCGCGCCUCCAAAAUGGACCAGUCCCAACACAUUAAAGCAUUACUUUUUAUUGCACGAUGUGGGUGUGGAUGAUGAAUCUCGGUCGACAGCCGUGUUUAAUGAAAUGUGUUCUACAUACGGAGUAGAUUCUUGCCAACUGCUGCGCGUUGGUGAAGGUGCAACCGUAGACGACUUACCCGAUCCUUGGGACGAUCUUGAAGAAGAGGAUGCUAUACUUGCUGCUGGAUUACAUCGUGCACUGCAACACGCUGCAGCAUCAGCCAUGGCUCAGCAGAAUUUGGAAAGAAAGUCAAAUGCCGUAGGUCGUUUAGCAUAA